GAAGCCACGGUGUAAUAAAGAGAUAUAAUCACGGAGCUCAAGACAAUUACCGCGAGGAUCGUGAGUGACCUUGAUAUGACAUUGAGAUGGUAAGAGAAGAAAUGAAACUAUUUCUUCGAGGCCUGUUGUCUGUCAUUUCACCGCAAAUUAAUAUAAUUCAAGUAUUGCAUGUACAGCCUACACAUUACUAUUGUUGGUGACCGCAUUAAGGACAUGAAGCAUGAUGUGAGAGACAAGAGAUAUAUGGAGUCGGAAAGCAUCCUCGGGGGCUUGACACCUUGCGGCUAAAAAGACUGCAACUCCUUACUCUUGUUCUUGCGCUCUGGUUGUCAUACAUCUUACCAGAGUGUUAUUGAGUCUCUCAAGCUGAAUAGACUGAAUAGAUCUUUAAAGAGCUGCUUAAAAUAUAAAUAAAUCAUAAAAGAUUUUAAAUAGUUAAAUUUUGAGGUAUUUGUUUAAAUUCUCAAGCUACAAAACAUCAGAAGUAGGAUAUAACAGUAUAAAGUCUUUUUUAACUGGUUAACAUAAAUGUAUAUAAAUGAAUGAUUGUUAUUCUUGCGGACGAUUUACUUAAAAACUCUGCAGCACGCAUCGUGCGAUACAAAUAUUCUUGUAUCGAAGGAAAGUUGGACGGACUCUACAACAACAUCGACUGCUUUAGCAAUUUAACGGGGAUAUAGGUAUAAGAACACGGACACGAGGAGUUGCUCGAGAUAGUUCGGUAUAAUACACCACACCCAGUCUUACACCGUGUUUUAAAGAUAUGGCUGUGCUUUUAAAACUACUUCUACUUAUUUGUACAGUGGAAAUAGCGAGAGCUCAAUUUCCAGACGGUGAUAGAGGAAAUGCACCAACACGCCGACUACCUACUAUGAGGACAUCGGUACGUUUUCUUCCUCGACAAGCUGCUCGAUCUAGUGCAGUAACACCGACUAUUGUACCUAAUCCACGUUUACGUCGUCCAAUACCAUUAAAAUCACGACCGACAUCGGAAGCGAAUGAAAUCCAGCAAGUAACAUUACCACGUGCCAAGCCUACAUUUCUUCCAACGUUGAAAUCGGAGAAUCUAUCAACUCCGCCUCCUCAAUUGCUGCAACAAGACCAGCCGAUAAAACCAGUAAGCGAGGAAGCCAGAGAGGAAGAGGAAGAUAUUAACCAAUCUUUCAUUAAGCAACUAAAUUCAUUACAUGCAUUUCCUCAACCGACCGGUAGUUUAUUCUCGAGUCCUUUAACGCCAAAACCAGAACCCAUAUUCCAAUAUCGUCCGGGUUUCAACUCGCCGGUUUUCAUUCCACGACAAAUUCAGUACCAGCAACAACAACAACAACAACAACAACAACAACAACAACAACAACAACAACAACAACAACAACAACAACAGCAGCAGCAGCAACAACAACAACAACAACAACACCACCACCAAUCAUCUCCAACUCCGUCUCCAACACCAACCCCAUCUCCAGUGACGCAAACGACACUAUCUCAACAUCUUCAUGAAGAAAUAAUUGCUCCAGUACAGUAUCGGCCGGCAAAGCCAGUCAAAUUCCGCAAACCCAUUGACGAAGAAGAAACUCGUCCUCCCGUAAAACAACACCGAAAACAACAACAGCAUCAGCAUCAACAGCAGCAAAAUUCACAAUCUUCACAAUCUGAAGUUAUAUCUCAACCACAGCAAUAUCGGCCACAAGCAGACCAGUGGCGACAACAACCAGUUAACAAACAAUCAAGCAAGAAGGCGCAGUAUCGUGAGAAGAAACCUGUUGCGCAGGUUGUUAGACGAUGGCGAGAAGACAAUUCUGACGGGUCAAUAACAUGGGGAUAUGAAAACGAUGACGGUUCUUAUAAAGAAGAGGUAAUUGGUGUUGAUUGUAUAACACGUGGUAAGUAUGGUUACAUUGAUCUAGAUGGUAUCAAGAGAGAGUACACGUAUGUGACUGGUAUCAAGUGCGAUGAACAAGAACAGGAGGAGCUACAGGAUGAUCUAAAUGGAUUUGUCGAUUAUCAAGAGAACAAGCUAGUCUUCCCCAACGGCAAAACCAUCGACUUGUCUAGUAUGGGCAAAAAACAAUCACGUAGACCGCAGCAUGUUUACAGAAAUUAAACAUUUGUUUUAUUCUAUUGAUUA